AUGAGUGUGGUUUUGGUUCCGGAAGGUGGAGGCUACGUCAGAUCCACUGCCGCCGGUUUUAGUCGCUGAGAGGCAGAAGUUCCUUCAACUUCGCCGUCGUCGGCUCAAGUUGAAGGCUCCGUCAGCCUUACGUCGCCGGCUUCAGGUUUUCCGAGUUUGUUUUGUUUGUUUCGAGUUUGGGUUAUGGUCAUGGAGCGGAAGAGGUUUUCGGCUUGUGAUCUCUAGGGUUAUGAAGCUUCGCCGUCGGAUGAGCUCUCUUCAGAGGGAUGAUGCUCUAUGUCAACGUUUCAGGAAGGUGAAGAAGAGAUUUGGUUUCGGUGGAAGCUUGAAGGGAUAAUGAGCUCUGGUGAAACGAGGGUUUCAGUGGUUUCGGUACAGCGGCUCGGUGAGGCGGAGUCGGUCGGGUCGAGACAGAGCGAUGCGUGGCGCACUGACGGUCAGGAUCUCCACACGUGUCUCGCUUCAGCCUCCUCGACGCACGAGUACCCGAGCCUGUCGGUGCUGGGUUCGAGGGUUUGGGCUUUGUGCCGUUUUAGCUUAUUGGGCUUCCGCUUUUGGUUGGUUUUGUUAGCCCGUUAGUAUUGUGGGCUUUUGUAUCUGGGCUUCGGCCGUUAGGCUUGGCCCGUUCUCUUUAUUAAAACAAAAAUUUGAUGGAAAAAAAAGAGAUUCAACAGUUGGUGAGACAGAUGUAAAAGCCAAUAGCAUUAGUGACUCUUCUUCUUCCAGCGGUAUAGCAAUUCUCAAGAGAAUUUUGAUUUUAAGACUAAGAAAACAAAAAUUAAAAAUGUACAUACAUCACUAUUAUAAAUGUAUCUUUGUAAUUAUAUUCUUUAAAAAUGUACUAAGUGGGUAAAAUAUAUCCUGUAAAAUAUUUCAUUUAUUAAAGAUAUAUAUUUUUAGUGUUUUUACGGAUAUUAAAAAACACAUUAAAUCACUAUUAUAAAUGUAUCUUUUGUAAUUCAAUUUUUAAUAACUUUUAAUCAAUAGUAAUUCAAUAAAAUUGAAUCUUUUUUUUUUAAGUUUACAAUUUCUCCUACAAAACGUAAGCAUAUAUUUUUAUGAACCAAAUUAUUUUUCUAAAACAUCUAUCUUACUGGAACGGAUCUAGUAUGUAUUAAUGGUCAGUACAUCUCUGUAUCUACAUAUGUGUAGUAGUAUUUUUUUUUGUUUAUCAUAAAAAUAUAUAUUUUUAAUUAUAAUCAAAAGAAUUAUUCAGUUUUAUAUUUUACAUAUAAAAUAUAUAGAUCUCUUAUAUAAAGCAUUUAAAAAAUAAAAUAAAGCAGAUAUAUAUAUAUAUAUAUAUUUAUUUAUAAAUUUUAUAGUAUAUUGCAUAAACUAAGUUUUAAAUUUAUAUUAUAUUAUACAACCAUAUAAUAUAAUUCAAGUUUAUCUUUCAAAUGAGACAAUACUUUGUUGUGGCAUAUUUAAGAAAUAUAGAACAUAAAUUUAACUUUCCAAUUUCUCUCCUCUCUCAUUUGUGCUACUUUGAUAUUGUAAGAACAUCUCAAAAGAUAUUUUAUUUUCAAGUUUGCGAAUACUACAUAAUUAAUACUAAAUUACAAGUAAAAUAUCACACUAUUCCAAAUAAAACUAUUUUCGUAAUACUCUCAUAUAUGAUCAACUCGUGAAUUUGAUAAGUCUCUUUUGUAAUAUUGUUGUUGUGUAAAUCCAGUUUUAAAAUAUUUUAAAUAUUUUAAAUUUUUAUUUAAUUUUAUGUGUAGAAGUUAAAUUUAUAAAAACAAAUUUGAAAUAUUUGUGAGUGAAGAUUUUUUAAGGAGUAAAACGAUAACGAUAAAAUAUUUAAAAAUCAUAAAUGUGAUAUAUAAUUGUAAUGACCAAAAUGCAAAAUACAAAAAAUUAAGAGUGUAGAAAGAUUUUCUCUACAAUUCAUAGCAUUUUGUUUUACCGUAGAGUUGUGUAAUCAUUCUUAUUCACACAUUAUAUUUUGCGAGGCUUAAAUAUUGAUGUAUAAAAAAUGACUUUAAAAAUCACGAGGUGGUAGUCUAUGAUUACAUUUAUGAAACCAGAACGAUUGAGUUCAUAAGAGCUUUAUUGAAAGAUAGAAAUAACUUAUAAAACUUUAUUCUUAAACAAAGAAAUUAAAGGAAAUAACUUUAGGUUUGUCACCAAGAAAAACAAGAUUGUAUUUGAUUCAUAAAAUGAGACUGAAACAGGCUGCAACUAUUGCAGCCAAGGUUGCAUUCAUCAACACAUCUAACGACAUAUAUAUAGCUAAGAAACCCUAGUUACAUGCUCAUUAAGACUUCUUGUUGGAUCAUAAGAUGGGCUUCAGUGUGGGCUUCAAUUUCCUCCUGCAAACUUGGCAUCGGGUGGUGAAUCAAGCAGUUGAGACAAGUUUGAAGAUGCAGAUAGAGCUGGUUUUGAAAGGAACAUAAGUAGUUGAAGGUCUAUAGGAAAUAGGUAGAUGAUUAUUCAGCUUGGAGAGUCGACAUAAGUAUGAGAACAUCUUCAGAUUAUUUUGACCUAUUUGUCUCACAAUAAAUUGGGGAUUUUUUGUCAUCCUCCUAACUCGACUAAGCUAUCUCACGACCAAAGAAAAAUCUAUCCUACAACAGCCUAAACCUCAACUCUCUAUUUCCUAUCAAUCGUGAGAAGAAACAUGACAUGUGACUUGGAGAAACCACUAGUUCUGUUUGAAAAGUCAUUAUCCUCUUCGAACAGCUUGGCCAGCCUCACCAAUACACCAACUUUUCUUUACCAAUGCGUGUCUCUUCUCUGACUUCGUCACUGCCGAAAAGACUUCAAAAACAUGACUGGAUUUUAUCAGACAGAGUAAACUAAGGCUUGAAGAUGAACAGAAUAAUCCUAUGAACCGUCUAUGAAGAAGGAGAGCUUGAAAAAUGGAAAAAGUCUCCUCCUUUCUUUGGAUUUCGAGUUCAGGAACCAAACUCCAUUGAAAGUGACAACGAAGCUGACUUGAUAAAUUUAGCAGAAGUUCUAAAAGAGGAAUAAUAUCCAUGAACCGACUAAAGCUCUGAUACCAUGAUAACAUUUAUGAAACUAGAAAGAUUGAGCUCAUAAGAGCUUUAUUGAAAGAUAAAAUAGCUUGUAAAACGUUAUUCAUAAACAAAGAAACUAAAUGAAAGAGCUUUAAAUUUGUCACCAAAAUAAACAAAAUUGUAUUUGAUUCAUAAAAUUAGAUUGAAAGAGGUUGUACUAUGGCAGCCAAGGUUACAUUCAUCAACACAUCUAACAACAUAUACAUAGUUAAGAAACUCUAGUUACAUGCUCAUUAAGACUUCUUGUUGGAUCAUAAGAUAGGCUUCAGUGUUGGCUUCAAUAGUCUAGAGACAGUUCGAAAGCACUCCACUACGCUUCAAUUUGUAACCACAUGGACAUGAAACCAUUUUAUAGGUCUCAUUUGAAAAUUUGGAGUGUGAAUCCGUUCGUAGAUCGCAACAUUCCUUUAAAAUAGUUAGGGUCUUUCCAUAGGCUUGGGAUAUCUCCAAAUUUUAUUUAAAAAACGAAAAUAUGUGGGCGGUGACUAUGUUGUAUAAAAAUAUUGUCAGUAUGGUAUAAGUAUAUAACGUAUUUGUUAGAUGUAUGUAUGGAUUUUUUUUUAAACUAAUCUUGAAUGUUAACAAUUGUUUUAUAAAGCAACAUAUGAACGAUACAUAUAACAGUUGACUGGGUACAUGUAACUCAUUUCAUACAAAGCAUCAGUACUAAAACCAAUAAUGCCCAUUGCCCAUAAUAGAUAUAUAGUGCAAAUUAUUGUUGACAAAAAAAAUGAUCGUGCAAAUUAUUCUAACUCUGUUAGCUGGGUAUAUGUUCUCCAAUCCAUCGGUCUCCUCAGGCCUUUAUUUCUUUGUUUAAACCUGGCGUAACUAUACCUUUUUUUCUUUUUUUCAGUUGGGAUUAGCGGUCAUCAUAUUCUAAAUCAUAUGUAUUGGGCUGCCUAAAGCAAAAGAAACUAUAAGUCUAUAUAACCUGUUUUUGAUGAGAUUUAGCCCAAGGUCUAAUGCAUGAUUUUCAAAGGAAGGUAGAUUUACCAUGUAAUAAUGGCAGUCGUAGUUAAAGUUCAAAAAAAAAAAAAUGGCAGUCGUAAUGUACAUAUGAGACAAUUCCCUUCAUUAUAAGUACUUAGAUCAUGCCUUGUAAAAUAAAACGAAAAGGUAGAUCAUGCAAAAAAGGAUAGAAUAAAUUAUAAGGACUACCAAAGUCCAAAGGAUUCAAAAGCAUUUGAAUAAAUACAAACUUAAAUGGACAAAGUACCUUGAGAAGGCAAUGUUGAAUUUUGUUCCUUUUGGUCUCACUCAUUGUAACCAGCCAGAUGAACCGAGUUUAUAAAGUCCAAAGAGUAACAUCUGACUCGUAUAAUUCCAAUAGUUUUUCUUUUGGGUUACAUUCUCUUUUUUUAUCCCCCGCAAGAAACCAAUGGAGGAGAAAGCAAAGAGGAUCACGAAUGGAGACGGAGGCAAUCAGAAAGUAGCGUUUUACAAGCUUUUCACGUUUGCAGAUCGAUACGACAUCAUUUUAAUGGCUGUUGGGACUAUCUCCGCCAUGGCCAACGGCCUAGCUCAGCCGAUUAUGUCAGUACUCAUAGGCAAAAUCAUUAACGUCUUUGGCUUCUCUGAUCACGAUCACAUGGUUAAAGAAGUCUCCAAGGUUGCUGUGAAGUUUCUUUACCUUGCAGUCUACGCGUGCGUUGUGUCUUUCCUGCAGGUCUCAUGUUGGAUGGUAACUGGGGAGCGUCAGUCCGCCAGAAUUCGAGGGCUAUACCUCAAAACAAUAUUAAGACAAGAUAUUGGCUUUUUUGACACCGAGACAAACACCGGUGAAGUCAUCGGAAGAAUGUCCGGGGACACCAUUCUUAUUCAAGAGUCCAUGGGAGAAAAGGUUGGGAAAUUUAUACAGCUAAUAUCAACAUUCUUUGGUGGAAUCACAGUCGCUUGUAUAAUUGGCAGACGCCUCACAGUAGCUCUUAUUCCAUGCAUUCCAUUGAUCGUGGCCACUGGUGGUGCAAUGGCCUUGAUCAUGUCCAAAAUGGCUGGUCGUGGCCAACUCGCUUAUGCGGAAGCUGAAAAUGUAAUAGAACAAGCUGUUGGGUCGAUUAGAACAGUCGUGGCAUUCACCGGAGAGAAACAAGCAACCCAAAAAUAUGAGAAGAAGCUCGAGAUUGCCUAUAAAUCUAUGGUUCAACAAGGGCUCUUCUCGGGUCUAGGCCUUGGAAUAAUGAUGGUUGUAAGUUAUUGUACAUAUGGUAUUGCCAUUUGGUACGGUGCUUGGCUGAUAAUGGAGAAGGGAUAUACUGGAGGUCAAGUCAUGAACGUGAUUUUCGCAAUUUUGAGUGGAGGAAUGUCGUUGGGGCAGACAUUACCUUCUCUUAACGCUUUCGCGGCCGGACAAGCCGCAGCCUACAAAAUGUUUGAGACUAUAAGAACAAAACCAAAGAUAGAUGCUUAUAGCAUGACUGGUAAGGUUUUGGACGAGAUUAAAGGAGACAUCGAACUUAAAGACAUUUAUUUUCGAUAUCCAGCAAGACCUGACAUGCAGAUCUUUGCUGGAUUUUCGCUGGUUGUACCAAAUGGCACAACCGUGGCUUUGGUUGGGCAGAGUGGAAGCGGAAAAUCAACAGUGAUCAGUCUGAUUGAGAGGUUCUAUGAUCCGGAAUCCGGAGAAGUUUUAAUUGAUGGAAUUGAUUUAAAGAAGCUUCAGUUAAGAUGGAUCAGAAGCAAGAUUGGUUUAGUAAGCCAAGAGCCUAUACUUUUCGCAACCACAAUCAGGGAGAACAUUGUUUAUGGGAAAGAAGAUGCAUCCGAUGAAGAAAUUAGAACCGCGGUCAAGCUGGCCAGUGCUACUAGGUUUGUCGACAAACUGCCGCAGGGGUUGGACACAAUGGUAGGAGAUCACGGGACACAAUUAUCUGGUGGACAGAAGCAGAGGCUCGCGAUUGCUAGGGCCAUAUUGAAAAACCCUAAAAUCUUGCUUCUUGAUGAAGCAACAAGUGCUUUAGAUGCGGAAUCAGAACGAACAGUUCAGGACGCUCUUGUUAAGCUAAUGUCAAGCCGGACAACCAUCGUGGUGGCUCAUCGGCUUACCACUAUUAGAACUGCGAACAUGAUCGCCGUUGUGCAGCAGGGCAAAAUCAUCGAGAAAGGAACUCACGAGGAGAUGAUUCAAGAUCCCGAGGGAGCGUAUUCACAGCUUGUUUGUCUACAAGAAGUAUCAAAGAAAGGAGGAGUGGAGGAACUGGAGCUGCGUGAGAAUAUAUCCGUUAGCCACAACCAAACCGAUUUUGGUUUACCGAGACCGAUUAAUUUGAACCAAACCAAAGAAACCCACGAGAAUAAGUCUUCCACGGAGAACAAAGCGUCCAAGAAACGCAAGAAAGUAUCGUUGAGACGGCUUGCUCACCUCAACAAACCAGAGAUUCCGGUUUUGUUGGCCGGUUCAUUGGCUGCAGCGGUUCACGGUAUUGUGUACCCGGUCCAAGGGUUGCUUAUGUCUAGCACCAUCAAGAUAUUCUUCGAGCCUUCAGAUCAACUACGUAAAGAUUCACAUUUCUGGGCUAUCAUCUUCGUCUUGCUCGGUUUAACGGAUCUGAUCGUGGUUCCGUUUCAAAACUAUCUGUUCGCUAUAGCUGGAGGAAGACUUAUCAAACGCAUUAGAUCAUUAUCUUUUGAUAAAGUUAUUCACCAGGAGAUUAGUUGGUUUGAUAAUACCGCAAAUUCUAGUGGCGUGAUUGGAGCAAGAUUGUCUACAGAUGCUGCGGCAGUGAAGAGUAUAGUGGGUGAUGCUUUGGCGUUGAUAAUGCAAAAUAUAGCGACUGUAAUCGCUGCAUUGAUUAUAGCGUUUGCCGCUAAUUGGAUAUUAGCUAUAGUCAUCCUUCUUAUGACACCAAUUAUAGUGCUUCAGGGAUACUUUCAGACCAAGUGUAUAACCGGAUUUAGCGCAAACGCAAAAGAAAAAUACGAAGAAGCAAGUCAGGUGGCAAGUGAUGCGGUGAGCAGCAUAAGAACGGUUGCAUCAUUCUGUGCAGAGGAUAAAGUGAUGGAUCUGUACCAACAGAAAUGCGAGGCACCAAAGAAACAAGGUGUCCGGUUAGGACUUGUGAGCGGUUCGGGCUACGGUAUCUCAUUCUUGGCUCUCUACUGCAUCAACUCCUUAUGUUUUUACGUUGGUUCCUGGUUGAUUCAGAAGAGGAUGGCCACGUUUGGAGAAUUCUUUCAGGUUUUCUUUGCGUUAACUAUGACCGCACUAGCAGUGUCUCAAACGAGUGCUAUGGCACCUGAUAGAAACAAAGCCAAAGACUCUGCUGCUUCUAUUUUCGAGAUACUUGAUAGUAAACCGAAAAUUGAUUCGAGUUCCAACAAGGGGACAGUGUUACCAAUUGUGCACGGUCAUAUCGAGUUUCAACACGUCAGUUUCCGGUAUCCGACACGACCAGAUAUUCAGAUUUUUAGUGACUUAUCACUACAAGAAAACAUCGGGAUACUGAGGGAAAAAAUCGUCGGUAUGUCGUCGGAAUAACGUUAUUCCGAGGACAUACCGACGAAAAAAGUCCUCGGAAAUAACUCCUCGGAAAUUCAUGAUUCCUCGGAAUUCCGUCGGAAAAUGCCGACGGAAUUCCGAGGAAACAAAAUUCCGAGGAAACUCCGAAGACACAA